GAUCACUACCAUGUCCGAGUCAAAGAACCCUGUAGACUCAGCCGAGUCAUCUUCCCAAACCCAACCCUCCAACUCAUGGCCGUCAGCCACAACUUCUCUGUUUCUAAUCCUAAUACUUACCAUCUUCACUGCCACGUUGGUCUAUCAACUCGACUCGUUCGACCCGGCCCCUCUGCCUUAUCACGAGUUGACUCGCCACUUCAUUAGGAGGGCUCCGGCUCACAACCCUCUCGUGCUUCCAGGGUUAGAGUUUGUGGGCUAUGGGGUCUUACUGGGCCCCGAGGACGUGGCUUAUCAUUCCGAGUCGGGGCUCAUUUACACUGGUUGUGAAGACGGGUGGGUCAAGCGAGUUAAACUCAACGACUCGCAAAAUCCAAGCGAGUUUGCGGUGGAUAGCUGGGUAAACACGGGCGGCAGACCGCUCGGGCUCAAUUUCGGACUCCACAAUGAAGUUCUCGUCUGUGAUACCGAUCAGUAUUUGAGGCUGAUCCUGCACUCGGGUCGUAGCUCAAGAAUCUACCAUGAGGCUGACCCUCCAAAUGUCCAAAAGAGCGUCUGUCAAGUUGUACUUGAAUGAAGCAUCUGUG